UUAUGGCUUAUUGGACAUGGUAGCGUAGCAACAAAAUCACCGCUUAAGAAAGCGAGAUGAGCAGCGGCGGAGGCGAGACGGGCGGCGGUGGUGGAGGUGGCGGGUCUGUGAAGACGCCAGCGGAUUUCCUGAAGUCGAUACGCGGACGUCCUGUCGUCGUUAAGCUGAACUCAGGGGUCGAUUACCGAGGCAUUCUAGCUUGUUUGGAUGGUUACAUGAACAUUGCCAUGGAGCAAACUGAGGAGUACGUUAAUGGCCAGCUAAAGAACAAAUAUGGUGAUGCCUUCAUUAGAGGCAACAAUGUUCUCUAUAUCAGUACCUCUAAAAGGACAGUUGGAGAAGGAGCAUGACUGUUUUUGUUGUUGUACCAAGACUUUUAUUAGGUUAGAACAUUUUAAAGUUUUCAAGCAAGAAUGUAAUUUAAAUUAUUGCUUUCUUAUCUCUGGUUUCUUAUGAGGAUUAUAUCUAAUUUUAGUUUUGAUAUGAAAAUUUACAUUCUAUGAGCUCUUUUAUGCAAUAUAUUUUGUGUUUUUGAUA